CGUGCCUGAUUGAUAAUCAAUAUAAAUAUUUUCAAAAAAAAUACACAAACAGGCCUCAAACAGCUAGGUUUAUGGGUCUAAAUAGAUAUUAUUAUAUGGAAGCUUUCUUAAAUAGAAAAUAUGGGUUUUUUUUUAGAAAGAAAUUGCAAAAAAAAGGAAAAAAUUCUUUUUUUUUUUUAAAUCAUAUAUACAAAUACAAUAAUGAUUGCAAUAAGGUUAAGGAUGUUAUAAAAACAAAGAAAUUAUCAGAAAAUUAUCAUUUAGAAAACAAAUUUCCAAAAAAUAAAGAUAUUGGAUAUUUAUUGCUUAAAAAAUUCAAUAAAAUUGAAAAUCAAUAUGAUUUACAUAUAUUGAAAGAACUAUUUCAUUUUUUAUGGAGCAAUUAUCAUAUUUUUAAAAAGGGCAAUUUUAAGAUACAAUUGGAUAAAUAUUUAAAAUACAUAUUUAUUAAAUAUCAUCAAAAAUUUGAAUUAAACAAUAUAUCAAUUACUUUUAGAAGAAUAAAACAAAUUUUUCUUAUAUUACUUCAUAAAAACUUUAUAAAAUGGAUAGAGAUAUUAUCUAAUAAACAAUCAUAUAGCGAGAUAUUAUUCAAAAAUUUAGAUAGUAAAACAAAUUGUCAGAAAAAUUCAAAACUUUUUCUAUUUUAUCAACCUAAUGUCUGUUUUCCAAGCUGGACAUAUAUAAAUUUUUAUAUAAAUGAUAACAAUAUGGAGGUUUUUAACAAAAAAAUUCAAAAAGAAAUAAAUAUACAUGAUAUGUGGAAAAAAAAAGGUCUUUAUCCAUUAGAAAAUAAUCAAAAUUUUAUUUAUAAAAAUUGGAAUGAAAUAUUAAAUCUUAAAAUAAUAAGAAAAAUAUAUGGAAGCAGAACCUUCCAAAGAUCAUAUACAAAAACUCGAAAUAAAUAUUCUAACAUAAUACAAGAUAUCCAAAACUAUAUAGAGAAAAAAAAUUAUAAUAAUUGCAAUAGAUUUGCCUCUAGAGAUAUUUCUUCAAUUUCGACUGAUGAUUUAAAGCAAUUUCAAUAUUAUGUUGAACCUUUACUUGAGAAUCUUUCAAAACAAGGGGAUAUAUUUACUAUGAAUAAAGUCUUAAGAUUACUUAGGGAAUUGGAUCAUGGAAUGAUUGAUCAAUCAUAUUUUUUAAUCAAGACGCAUCUUAACUUACUUCUUAAUACAUCUUCAGAAAAUUCAUAUCAAAAAUUACUUCCAAAAUAUGAUUCAGAAACAACUUUUUUUUAUGAUUCUUUUAAAUCGUCACUUCCUAAAGUACCAACUAUUUCUCAUUGGAAACUUAUACUUCAGUUUUAUAUUAAAGCAAAUAAGAUAAAUUCUCUCAGUUUUCCUUCUUCUUUUCUUAUCAAUUCAUUAUUGCAAAUUCAAAUAUCAAAAUUAAAGCCGCCUCCAGAAAUAUAUUUUAUGGUUAUUUAUGCUUUAGUAGUUUCCCCAGAAUUCAGACCAUUAGGAUCAGAUUAUUGUCAAGAAACACAAUUUAUAAACACUACUGUUCGUAUCAAAAAGGUAUUGGAAGUAGUAAAAAUAAUAAAUAAUGAAAUAGAUUUUAAUAUUAACAAGGAAAAAAUAUUUCAUGCAUUAUAUUUAGCAUGUUGCCCUUCAAUAAUUGAGGUAUUAGAAUAUACUACUGACUCAAUAUUAUCUUUAGCAAAUCAAAAUUUUAACAAUGCAAAUUUAAUUUUAGACCCAAGAGCUUUUUUGAUAGAAGAUUUAAUGGUUUUACAUGAAAUACCUUAUUCCUUCAAGUUCGAAAAGCUUAGAUUUACAGUACUAGCAUCAUGUAAUCUUUGGGAUGUAUUUUGGAGACGAUUCAAAGAUCUUUCUAUAAGAGAACCUCAAAAAGAUGAAAAUUUCUAUAUUUUAAUAUUUAAAUUAAUCAAUGAUUCAAAAAAUAAAAAACAAAUACAAUUUGCAUUAGAAGUAAUAUGGCCUUCAAUAUGCGAGCAAUUAAAAAUCAAUGCCACACCAAAAAUUACGAAUGUUAUUGAUAAACUUAGAAAUCAUAGAUCAUGAUUAAAAAUUAUAUAAAAACAUAAUAAAUGUGAUAAAAAAUCCAAUAAACU